AUGGCUCCAUCGGACGGCUCCGAUUCCGAGCCUCCUCCUCCUCCUCCUCCUCCACCACCACCACCACCCGGGAGGCCUGCUUUUUGGCGUAAGCUUCUCAGGAAGCAAAGCCCUGCCAUUCCUGCGACCGCCACGAAGCUGGAUUCGCAGCACGCCUUGGAAUGCCAGGAGCAGUCACGGCCAACAGCAGCACCGCCCGGGCGAAAGGUCGUCACCGGUCUCCCCCGUUCGCAGACUUUCCGGAGACAGGUGUCCGAACAGCGGGCCCAUCUGUGUCCCACAAAGCCUUCGGCGGAUGAACGACGAGCAGCCUCGGUCGACAGGCGUUCUCAGAGUCGACACAAGCGAGCCUCCAACCUAGACCCGCGUGCCAGCGCGCCAGGUCUACUCGCCGCCUCGCAAAACGGCCGCUUCCCAGCCGAGCCGUCGUCUCUCGCGGCCGAAACGUUCGGCAAUGUGCCGAUUGUGCGGGCGGAAGACGCCGGAACUGCUGCCGAAGGCUACCAGGAUUUCGGGAACCCGCUACCUGACGUCGACGCGGCGCUUGAUUCGCAAUCCGUAUCCGCUUCGCAGCUUGAAGCCAUCAUCAAUGACGAGCUGGAGAAUAAAUGGAUUCUCAAUCUCAGCAUGCACUUUCGAGACCGCUCAAAAAGGGAAAAGUUCUUCGUCACGUAUCGUGAGAAGGAACAUGUCUGGCGCCGAGUCACCAUUUCGCUCGACUACCGUGAUGCCCCGCCCAACUCGCUCGAGAGGGACCUCGCCCACACUCGAUACCAGAGAGAGAAGAGUGCCAAGAUCUACGAAGCGAUCCGCGAAAGCCUUCCUGACAUUAAAUUCUACGAUACUGCGACGAACCUGAAACUGGAGACGACGGAUGGACGACUUCACGUGCACGUUGUUGAGGAUGGCAACCACACCUUGUCCGCACCACCUUGGCCGUUGACCACUCUUCGCGCCAUUUCCUCUCUCCGCCAGGAGGACUGGGAGCCUUGGUGCCCUGCUGACCCUCGUCAGGAAAUCAUCGCGUAUCCGCACGUGAGCGAGGUGCGACAUUUGGGUUGCAGGCGGAUUCGAGAACGAGACAUCGUCUUUGACUCGCACAUGUCUGGCUUCGUGUACAAGGUCAAGGUGCGGGGCGACAUGCUCAUCAAGAAAGAGAUUCCCAGCCACGACACGAUUGGAGAGUUCCUUUACGAGGUGAACGCCCUCAACAGCUUGCGUUAUUCUCGCCACGUUGUCCGAUUCCGCGGCGUCGUCGUCGACGACGACGACAAGGUGGUCAAGGGUCUCCUCAUAGACUACGCCUCGCAAGGCGCCCUCAUCGACGUCAUUUACGAACGCUGCAAGGAACGGGGCGUCGGACUCUCUUGGGCCACCAAGGAACGGUGGGCUCGCCAAAUCGUUCAAGGGCUGGCAGACAUACACGAAUCCGGCUUCGUCCAAGGCGAUUUUACACUGUCCAACAUCGUCAUCGACGACGCCGACGACGCCAAGAUUAUAGACAUCAACAGACGGGGUUGUCCCGUUGGCUGGGAACCCCCCGAAGCGACGCCGCUGGUCGACGCCGGCCACGGCAUCACCAUGUACAUCGGCGUCAAGUCGGACCUGUACCAGCUAGGCAUGGUCCUGUGGAGCGUUGCCAUGGAAGACGACGAGCCCGAAGCCCUCGGAAGGCCGUUGAUUAUGGGACCCGAAACCAAGAUUCCUGACUGGUACCGGCACAUGACGCGAAUAUGCCUUAGUUCCGAUCCUAGAGAGCGCAUGCAGGCGACGGCCCUGAUGCAGAUGUUCCCACCGGAGGUGGUCAACGAGGGAGGAACCGGCGCUCAAGGGCACGCAGUUUUGGUCGACGAUGGACAUUCGACGACCGAAUAUCUCGUCGAUGGCGGCCGUGCCGAUGAGCGGCCCUUUGUCGACACGGUCGAGACGCAAGCCGACUUUGCUUACACGGGCCGACCGUUUGUGGAAUCCGGUUUCGUGCCGUACGAGCAGUACUACCCGCUCCGUGGACGCUCUCCGCCGAGCCCCCUCCCCAGCGAUUACGAUGUAUGCGAGUCGUCACGAGACCCCUUUGGCGGCACGUCAUGGGCUGCAAACAGGAGCGUCAGACCGUCGUACACGGACGUCGGGGCGGACGAGACGAUGGCUGGCGAGGUGCCACCACACGAGUACGAGGAAACGGCGCCGAAUCCGACGGCAGCCGGCAGGACCCUUGGGGUUGUCCAGGACGACCGAUUGUCGGAACGCAUGACUGCCGAUGAUGCAGGCGCUCUGGACCGGGUCGAAGGACCGACGAAUCGCGACGCAGCAGUUCCAGACGAUGCGGAUCCGCGAGCACAGCCCGCUGCCGUGCCACAGGAUCGUGGUUUCACCGAGCUCGACGUGACACCAGCCCCGAACCAUGCCAGCGAACAAAGCGUCAUGGGGAGGACGCUGCUUGGCAUUCCACAAGCCGGUCCAGCGGCCGACGCGCCACGGCCUGCCUUUGAUGCAGCAACGGAGCCGAGGUCAACUCGAUUGGUCAACGGUGACAAAAUUGAACAGGUCGAAUCGUCGACGAUGUUCGAUGUCGACAAGACCACCGAAACGCUCACAUCGGCCAUCGUCCGCCGACUGGCAGGGCCGCCGUCGAAUGAUGCAGUUGGCAAAGACGGCGAACAUGGGAAAGAUUCUCCGACAGCGCUUGAGCAUGCGGCCAUGCAGAUUUCGGCGAAGCCAGCACUCGUGUCGGCCAUGGACACGGGCAAGGGAAACGGGCCGGCCGAGUCGGCAUUCCGGACCGACCGUGCUGAGAGCACCUUGACGAACGGGAACCACGGUCCAAGUGCGGUUCUCACACACUUCGCCGAGCCCCCACGGGUAGAAUGCUUACGGAAGUCGAAGGAGGCAAGCUGUCUGCGGCAGAGCACGCUUCCCGUCUCACUGACAGGAAUUGGCGCCGCGCACAUGGGCAUCGACGAGGAGAUGAUACGAGAGCAGAGCAUCAGUGACGACGACUUCAUGACGACGACGGCACCAAUGAUGGUUUCGGCAGUACUGAUAACGACGGAUUCAAAAACAUGA